AUGUCUGAACAGGUUUCUAACAUGUUCGACACCAUUUUGGUGUUGGACUUCGGUUCCCAAUACUCUCAUUUGAUUACUAGAAGAUUGAGAGAGUUCAAUGUCUACGCUGAGAUGUUGCCAUGUACUCAGAAAAUUUCUGAGUUGGGUUGGAAACCAACUGGUGUGAUCCUCUCUGGUGGUCCAUACUCUGUCUACGAAGAAGGUGCCCCACACGUUGACAAGGCAAUUUUUGAUUUGAAUGUUCCAAUCUUGGGUAUCUGUUAUGGUUUGCAGGAAUUGGCUUGGAUUGACGGCAAACACGUCGGCCGUGGUGAGAAGAGAGAAUAUGGUCCUUCAACUUUGAAUGUCCUUGACAAGGAAAGCCCAUUGUUCAAAGGCAUUGACCAAUCUACUGUUUGGAUGUCCCACGGUGAUAAACUUCACGGGUUGCCUAAGGAUUAUGUGACCGUUGCCACCUCUGACAACUCGCCCUACUGUGGUAUUGCUCACAAGAGUUUGCCAGUUUACGGUAUUCAGUUCCACCCCGAAGUGACUCAUUCGACUCAAGGUAAGACACUUUUGAAGAACUUCGCGAUAGAUAUCUGUGGUGCUAAGCAAAACUGGACUAUGGAAAAUUUUGUUGACACAGAGAUCCAGAGAAUAAGAAAACUUGUUGGUCCUACUGCCGAAGUCAUUGGUGCGGUUUCUGGUGGUGUUGACUCGACUGUUGCUUCUAAAUUGAUGACCGAGGCCAUUGGUGAUAGAUUCCACGCUAUUCUCGUCGAUAAUGGUGUUCUAAGACUGAACGAGGCUGAAAACGUCAAGAAGACUUUGGUUGAUGGUUUGGGAAUCAAUCUGACCGUUGUCGAUGCUUCCGAUGAGUUCUUGGACAAAUUGAAAGGUGUCACUGACCCGGAGAAGAAGAGAAAGAUCAUUGGUAAUACUUUCAUCCACGUCUUCGAGAGAGAAGCCGCCAAAAUCAAGCCAAAGGAUGGCAAAGAGAUUGAAUUUCUCCUACAAGGGACUCUCUAUCCAGAUGUCAUCGAGUCCAUCUCUUUCAAGGGCCCUUCUCAAACUAUCAAGACUCACCAUAACGUUGGUGGUUUACUAGAUGAUAUGAAAUUGAAGUUGAUCGAGCCUUUGAGAGAGUUGUUCAAGGACGAAGUUAGACAUCUAGGUGAACUAUUGGGUAUUCCGCAUGACCUGGUCUGGAGGCAUCCAUUCCCAGGUCCAGGUAUUGCCAUCCGUGUCCUCGGAGAGGUCACCAGAGAGCAAGUGGAAAUUGCUAGAAAGGCUGAUCACAUCUACAUCACAGAAAUCAGAAAGGCCGGCCUAUACAACAAAAUUUCUCAGGCUUUUGCUGCUCUUUUGCCAGUUAAAUCAGUUGGUGUGAUGGGUGACCAGAGAACUUAUGAACAGGUCAUUGCCUUGAGAGCCAUCGAGACUACCGAUUUCAUGACGGCAGAUUGGUACCCUUUCGAACACGACUUCUUGAAGAGAGUCGCUUUGAGAAUUGUCAACGAAGUCGAUGGUGUCGCUAGGGUUACUUACGACAUCACUUCCAAGCCCCCAGCUACAGUUGAAUGGGAAUAA